AUGGUUGAAAUCCCCGUAAUUGUUACUGCGCCAGACUGUCAUCCGCUCGCAGACAAAGAAGACGACGAAGAGAUCGCUGACAAGACACCGGGAGAGUCAGAGCCUGAUGUUUCUCCCGUCGCCCACGAGGUCAAACCCACUAUGACCUCCACAGCCACCACAGCGGCUACCAUCACUGCUCUGGUCUCAGAGGGCACUCAAACCGAAACAGAACCAGCAUCCGGAAAAGAGACUGAGACUACGUCCCCCAGGAUACACAGUCCGUUUUGUCCGCUCAGCCCAGCACGCUCUCAUACCAACUCUCCAGGCCCCAAGUCUCACUUUCCCCCAUUCCCGCCCUGGAGGGAACUUCGCCACCGCCUAUAUGGCCCUCAUGCCACUCGUCCUGGGCCUGCUGCCAACGAGGCAAAAGUUGAGGGCUACCUCUCCCCUCCUGAAACUGAGCCUCCACAGUGUCCUAUGACGCCACAGGCAGAUUUAUACCAUGGUCAAUCACCAUCCACCUUUGGGAUGCAGUUUGAGCGUCCGGCGAAAACCUAUUGGAGAAGGUACACCAAGCCAGCAACUUGUGCUCAGAACUAUGAGGAUCACAAGCACCGGAUGUUGAUGGAAUGGUUGGAAAGGAGGAACUCAGUGUGA